AUGCAUGGAGGAAAGCGAGGAUUGGUUGCACCUCAGAACACUUUUUUGGAGAAUAUCGUCCGCCGCUCCAAUGAAACGAGUUUCCUGCUCGGGAACGCUCAGAUCCUUGAGUGGCCGGUGGUGUACAGCAACGAUGGCUUCUGCAAGCUGUCUGGCUACCACAGAGCAGAAGUCAUGCACAAGAGCAGCACUUGCAACUUCAUGUAUGGAGAGCUGACCGACAGAGGGACCAUAGACAAAAUCAGACAGACCUUCGACAGCUACGAGUCCAGCUUCGUCGAAGUCCUGCUGUAUGCAAAGAACAGGACCCCGAUAUGGCUGUACAUGCAGGUGGCUCCCAUCAGGAACGAGAACGACAAGGUGGUCCUGUUCCUGUGCUCCUUCCGGGACAUCACCCUGUUCAAGCAGCCCGUGGAGGAGGAGGAGUCCAACAAAGGAUGGACCAAGAUCGCCCGGUUGACUCGAGCCUUAACCAACAACCGCACAGUUGCCCAGCAGUUGACCCCACUGGGCAACCGAUAUCUCUACCUCCGAACUGGCAGAGGUGAUUCCGUCUCCAAGCACUCCCGCGCCAGGGCCCUUCAGCUUGGCUCGGACAUCCUCCCUCCGUACAAACAAGAGGCCCCCAAGACCCCCCCGCACAUCAUCCUGCACUACUGCACCUUCAAGACCACCUGGGACUGGGUGAUCCUCAUCCUCACCUUCUACACGGCCAUCAUGGUGCCCUACAACGUGUCCUUCAAGCACAACAAGCCCAGCACCAACCUGGGCUGGCUGGUGGCCGACAGCGUGGUGGACAUCAUCUUCCUGGUGGACAUCGUGCUCAACUUCCACACCACCUUCGUGGGGCCGUCCGGCGAGGUCAUCUCCGACGCCCGGUCAAUCCGCAUGAACUACCUGAAGACCUGGUUCAUGAUCGACCUGCUGUCCUGCCUGCCCUACGACAUCAUCAACGCCUUCGAGCAAGGCGAGGAGGGCCUGAGCAGCCUCUUCAGCUCCCUGAAGGUGAUCCGCCUCCUCCGGCUGGGCCGGGUGGCCCGCAAGCUGGACCACUACCUGGAGUACGGCGCGGCCGUGCUGGUGCUGCUGGUGUGCGUCUUCGGCCUGGUCGCCCACUGGCUGGCCUGCAUCUGGUACAGCAUCGGGGACCACGAGGUCAUCGACCACGCCACCCACGCCAUCAAGACCGACAGCUGGCUGUACCAGCUGGCGCUGAGCAUGGGCACGCCGUACCGCUACAACGUGACGGGCUCGGGCCGCUGGGAGGGCGGGCCCAACAAGGAGACGCUGUACAUCAGCUCGCUGUACUUCACCAUGACCAGCCUGACGACCAUCGGCUUCGGGAACAUCGCGCCCACCACCGACGGCGAGAAGAUCUUCAGCGUGGCCAUGAUGAUGGUGGGAUCCUUGCUCUACGCGACCAUAUUUGGAAACGUCACCACCAUCUUCCAGCAGAUGUACACCAACACCAACCGCUACCACGAGAUGCUGAACAACGUGCGGGACUUCCUGAAGCUCUACCAGGUGCCCAGGGGCCUGAGUGAGAGGGUGAUGGACUUCAUCGUGUCCACAUGGGCCAUGUCCAAGGGCAUCGACACAGAUAAGGUUCUCUCCAUUUGUCCCAAAGAUAUGCGGGCGGACAUCUGCGUGCACCUGAACCGCCAGGUGUUCAACGACCACCCGGCCUUCCGGUUGGCCAGCGACGGGUGCCUGCGCUCGCUGGCCGUGGAGUUCCAGACCACCCACUGCGCUCCCGGCGACCUCAUCUUCCACAUCGGCGAGAGCGUGGACACCCUGUGCUUCGUUGUGUCGGGCUCGCUCGAGGUCAUCCAGGACGACGAGGUGGUCGCCAUCUUGGGUAAAGGCGAUGUGUUUGGAGACGUGUUCUGGAAGGAGACGAGCCCGGCGCGAGCGUCGGCCAACGUGCGCGCCCUCACCUACUGCGACCUCCACGUGAUCCGGCGAGACGCGCUGCUGCGGGUGCUCGAGUUCUACACCGCAUUCGCCAGCUCCUUCUCCCGCCACCUCAUCCUCACCUGCAACCUACGCAAGCGGAUCAUCUUCAGGAAGAUCUCCGACGUGAAGAAGGAGAAGGAGCACCAGAGGGACCAGGUCGCCCUCUCCAUCCCCGACGACCAUCCCGUCCGCAAGCUCUUCCAGAAGUUCCGGAAUCAGCGGGACGUCCAAACCCCGGGAGACAUCGACAUGUACCCCCGACAAAACUGCAACGUACUCGAGCCCAAUGCCGAGCCACAGAGUGACUCUUCCCUCUACCUGCAGAGCCCCGAGUCCUCCAUGCAGGACUCCCCGGCCAACGGGAACGCUAGCGUCGACCCUAGUGCCAUUACCCUCUCCUGCUCAAAGAAUUCAUUGCAGAAGUUGGACCGGGUUGGCAUGCAAGAGGCGUUGGAGCUGAAACCAAAGGGCGGCGUGGAGGGUAAAGAGAUCCUCAGCCCCAAGCGUCCCAGCGGCGGAGGAGGAGGCGUUGGUGUUGGCCGUGGCUGGGCCAAGUUCAGGAGCCCCGCGGCAGUGGCUCCUGCGCCCCCGCCGGUAAAGCAGAGAGAGGAGGAGAAGUGGGUCGAGGGAUCCAUGUCCAUGGGCCACCUGAGUACGACGGACGGCAAGGGCCUUCAACCGGCACGUGGGCACGCGGGCAGCGGAGGGUUCAGCGACGCCGGAGAAGGCGACGAAGAGAAGAGCGCCCUGCACAAAACGGAGUCGUGCGACAGCGGCAUCACAAAGAGCGACCUGCGCAUCGACCGGGCCGGGGAUUCGCGCAGCUCGUUUGAGCGCAGCCCUUUGGAGCGCAGCCCGUUCGGACAAGUCCCGGGGCUGGACGCUGAGGGCGUGCUCAGGCACUCCUUCACGCAGCCCGUGAGCGAGCAGGCGUUGUUCCACGCCACGCUUCACCAAACCAAGCUAGAGAUAAAGGGGGACAUUAAGAUGCUCAGUUGCCAGCUCUCGGUGCUCGAGGUGCAAGUGAGCGAGAUCCUCAGACUGCUGUCGGUGAAGAGACGGCUGUCCCUGCCACAGACGUCCACCCCCAAGAGGAUCAAAAGCCCAGGGUUCGUCUGCGUGCCCGAGCCCAUCUCGCCAGAUAUGGACGACGGGCCGUUUUGAACGAAGGGAAACAUUUGUUUAUAUAUUUGACAAAAAGAAAGGCGACUUUUGUUGGACCUCGAUUUAAAGUGGUGUACAUACCUAUUUGCAUGUCCAGCUGGAUUCUGGCCUUGCCAUGUAAUUGCUUGCAUUAUGCAAAUGACAGCAUGCAGAGCUACGUUUUGUCCUCUUACCUCAGUUACAACAAACCUGGGUGGUUGAUUUUAACACUUUAUAUAAGAGGCGGUGUGGUAGUCUCAUCUUAGUUUUAGCAGCACUUUUGCGUCAA